AUGGCGUUUCCGCGUCGAGUGAAGACAAACAAAACGCUGCAUGAAUCAGCCUCGGAGCAUGCCUUCUGGUCCACCAAGUCGGGUGCUCCUCUUCCUGCCAUCGUGCUUUUGCACGACCCGACAAAGCAGCUUAAUUCUGCCAAGUCGUGGCAGGAGAGAGGUACAAUGCAACUGCUCACGGGUUUCGGCUUCCGUGUCUACGCAAUCGAUCUACCAGGUAGGCUGACACGAAGAGCCAGAAUAACAGGCAUAAUCUGCAAAAUAUGCUCCAACCUCUUGCUUAAGGAGAUACAAAACGCGCAUCAAUAA